CCGGCGCGUCUCCAGCGAGCGCAGAGCUCGGCAAGGCGCUGGGACGGCGGCGGCGGGGCUCUGCUUGCCAUGGCCCCGGGCCUGCGGGGCCUCCCGCGGCGCGGCCUCUGGCUGCUGCUGGCCCACCAUCUCUUCGUGGUCACCGCCUGCCGGAACCCUGACUAUGGCACUCUCAUCCAGGAGCUGUGCCUCACCCGCUUCAAAGAAGACAUGGAGACCAUCGGGAAGACUCUAUGGUGUGACUGGGGAAAGACCAUAGGGAGCUACGGGGAGCUAACUUUCUGCACCAAGCACGUGGCAGACGAGAUUGGCUGUUUCUGGCCCAAUCCGGAGCUGGACAAAUUCUUCAUUGCUGUCCACCAUCACUACUUCAGCAACUGCCCCGUCUCUGGCAGGGCCCUGCAGGACCCGCCCAACAGCAUUCUCUGCCCUUUCAUCAUGCUCCCCAUCACAGUCACGCUGCUCAUGACCGCACUGGUGGUCUGGAGGAGCAAGCACACUGAGGGCAUCGUGUAGGUGUCCCAGGCAAUGGGGGGGGCACUUGGGGAGAAAUGGGCCUGGUCCAGCAACAGCAUCAGGGGCUGAUAGCAAAGCAGGCCCCACAUUGCAUCCUGCUCUAGCCUAGUUAGCACAGGACUUCAGAGUGGCUCUGCAUUAAGCUGAACAUGUCCCAGCUGGAGGCCUCUAGCAGGGGAACAGGGGCAUGCCUCUACUUACCUCUGAAAGAGUUCUAAGUGCCAGUUCUCUAGUAUACUUCAUCAUUACUGUGGACAUUCUGACCUCCAAGCAAGACUGCUCAGAUGGGUGUGUAGAUGCAUAGUUUAUGAUUAAAAGAAUAUCCUUAAACUGGGGAA